AUGGAAUUCUCGCUUCGAUGUGUUGCAGUCGCAAUAUCGAGAACUGCAAUCAUAACCAUUACAAUACCUGGAAUGCCUGAGUUAAGAGAAUCGGAAAGGCGAAAAAGAGACCUCUCAACACUUAUCUUUAAAGAAAAGAAAAAAUUCGACGCAUAUGUGGUAAUUGCCAAGGAAAAUUCCAAGAAAAAGCAGCUGGAAUAG